AUGUUCUGUGAAAUGGAUCCCCCCAUUGGAGACUCCAUCUCUCGAACGAGCCCGGGUCGAUGGACCCUAGGCUCCUUGAUGAUCUGCGAAAAGGUCGACGAUCCAGAGUCCAAGCCGGCAGACGCGAUAGCCAGCUGGCAAGAUGAUGACGGCACUUUCUACCUCCGAAAGAGUUCAGCAAACGAGUUGUCAGGGGCUGGCGAUGUGGAGUCUGACAGGAUUCACGUCGGGGGGACUUCAGGCGCUGUUUGGUGUCUCGGCAAAGACGCAUUCUGCAAGGUCCAUGCUUGGUGCGAAGGUCUGGAGCUCGAAGCAAACACGAUGCGGUUUGUGAGAGAGAAGGCCCCGAGUGUCCCUAUCCCGGAGCUUGUCCAUUCCUGGAUCGAUCACGAUCUCAACAGAACCUUCCUCAUAACAAAGCGAGUCCCCGGACAAAUUUUGGAACGGGUAUGGCCGCGCCUCUCUCCGCCCCAACGCACACGGAUUGCUGAAGACAUCGCGGGAUUCUGUGCUACCCUGGCCGCCAACACUUCUUCUCGGUUUGAAACGGUCACCGGAUGCGGUGUUUAUGAACCAAGGCUGAUGGAGAGUGCACCCGACUCCUACCCGACGUGGAAGCCGAGAACCCUUGGGCCAUUAUCACAGGAGCCCUUGCGUGCCUAUUUGACCAAGGCCUCGACGGAACCUGCUCCAGACAUCGACCCUCUAUUUCACUUUUACCAUGCCGAUCUCGGGCCGACGAAUAUCAUGCUAUCGGAGGAUGGUGGCCGGGUCACUGGGAUCAUCGACUGGGAAUCCGCGGCGUAUUAUCCACGUUUUUGGAUAGCCACCAAGCCUGCAACUUCUGGGGCCUUUUACCUUGAAUGCGAAACUGACGACCCGAAGCUGUGGGGUCAGCUGCUUGGGCAAGUGCUCGAGACACACGAUUACGAGAGAGCCGAUGCAGUAUUCCGUCGCUGGUAUAACUCAGUCCCGUAA